AUGUUACUUAUCUUUCUAGGAGUUUUAUUUCUUCUACCAACGAUUGCUAUUACUUCAAAAUACUAUACAAUAAAACCAUAUCAUAAUGCCGACAUCUUUCCACACUAUGGUAAUGUCUCUGUUUUCGACACUACUCAAAAAAAACUAUCCGAUAUUGCCAAUUUCACCUUCAACGUACAUGAUCAGUCUGAUCUCUACUAUUUUGUUGCUGGUCCCGUUGCAGUAAAUCCCGAUCUACAUCUUAUCUACAUGCCUAUUCAAUGUGCUACUGCAUUUCAACGUUUGUUACUAUUCUCAUACAAUUAUAAAACCAAAGAAUACCGUCAAAGUAAAUGGAUUUUAAAAGAUGGGGGCUUUCAUAUGUUACACUAUGAUCCAUUACGUAAACGUCUUUUUGGAUUAAGAGACGUUGCUACAUUUACAAUGUUUAUCGAAGAGUAUGAUACAAUAACUUUAGACGUUGUUAAAAUUUAUACAAAACAAGAUGGUGAGAAAUAUACAUUUCCAUUUGCUUGGUGUUCUUGUUUUGAUUACAAUGAAAAUUGGGUUAUUCAAGUGCGUACACGUUUUGAAAAUCCAUCUGUAAAUGCAUAUUGGAUUCAAAUGGAUUUAAAUUUAGUUGGAGUAAAAGAAGAUAUCGUUACAGAUUUUCAUUUAAUGCCAAAUGUACAUAAUUUCUUAACAAUGACAUAUGAUAUUGAGAAAACAAAAUUGAUUUUAUGUACAUGGCAACAUGGUUCAAUUGAAUUGAGUCUUUAUAUGUUUCAUCUAGAUCCACAUCAAAGUGGGAAAUUUCCAUAUAAAAAUGAAUCACUAGUUCUAUUAUAUAAAACAAAAGAAGGAGAAGAUAUAGAAGUCACAAAAGAUUUAUGGAAUCCAGUAAAACGAGAAGUAUUGUUUAUGAUACAAACUCAAAAUGAUGAGACGUUCAAGACGACAAAUUAUAUGUUAAGAGUUCAAUUUGAUACAUUGGCAAUAUUGGAAAAGACAGUGUUGACAGAAAAACAAUUGCCAUUAUUUGAAUUAUGGGAAUAUUUUUAUUUACCUGACAAUUAA